AUGCCCGUUGCUGUCCCCACCACCACUACUCAUACCACAACAGCCUCCCUCAAAGGGAUAGCCAAAGCACAUUUAUCAAGACCCAAAAACGAUGAUGGUUCUCCCUUAUAUCCCGAGUUCAUGCCUUUCUAUGACCCUCUAGAGAAGGUAGAAGACCUUGGUGAAUUUGAUCACUUCGACCCUGGUCAUCGAGCAGAUCCAACUUUCCCAAAUCUCAUGAAAGAUGCAACUAAAUCUUUCGAUCUUUCUCCACAUGUCGGUACCGAAAUUCUUGGCGUACAAAUUUCACAAUUGAACUCUGCUGGAUUGGAUGAAUUGGCUCUGUUGACUGCGCAAAGAGGAGCCUUAGUGUUCAGAGAUCAAGAUUUCGGUGAUCUUGGAUUCGAAAAGCAAAAGGAGAUUGUACGACAUUUCGGUCCUUUACAUAUUCACGGUUGGGCACCUCAUCCUGCAGGAGGUUCCGAAGAACACAUGAUCAUCUACGACCACAAAGAUGAUCUUCGAGUACGAAAAUCCUGGGCUGGUAGAUCACCUGUUCAAUGGCACACUGAUCAAUCACCUGAACCUCAAACUCCGGGUACUACUUUCCUGUGUAUGCUUGAAUCCCCUUCUACAGCAGGUGGUGAUACCCUUAUCAGCUCGUCUGUAAGAGCGUACUACGCCCUAUCCCCCAAAUUCAGGAAAAGACUCGAUGGUCUUAUGGCUAUACACAGUAACUCUGAUGGUGUUCAACAAGAAAUGAAGAAUGCCAAUGCUGUCAUGAGAAGAAAGAUGUUGACUACUGCUCAUCCUGUCGUGAUCGUUCACCCAGUCACCAAGCAAAAGGCAUUAUAUGUCAACCCUGUAUAUACACAAAAGAUCGUCGGAUUUGACAAAGAAGAAUCCGAUUAUUUACUCAACUUCCUCUAUGACCACAUUGCCAAGAGACAAGACUUCUCUUGUAGAGUUCGAUACGAAGCUGGAACAGUCGUGAUUUGGGAUCAACGUGUAACCAACCACUCUCAAACUCUUGAUUAUCCAGUUGGAGAUCGAAGACACGCGUUCAGGUUGACUCCAUUGGCAAACAAGCCUAUUCCAGCACUUGUAGAAGAUGAUCAAGGAGAAUGCGCUGGGGACGAACAAAGGGUACAACUGAACCUUUGUUGA